AUGGUGGACAGUAGCGGAGAUCUGCAUCUCGUCGGUCGGGACAAGGACCAGAUCAACAUCAGUGGUGUCAAGCACCCGCGCGUUGACGUUGAGCACUUCGUCGAGGACAGCGGCAUCGACGGCGUCAUGCGCUCCUUCGUGUUUGCCUGCCCCGUGCGCUUGGCCGACAGCGAUACCGACACGUACGCGGUGUUCUACCAGCACCGUAUUCAUGUUGAGGACGAGCUGAGCGAGAUCGAUGUCGCCGCUAUUCGCGAAGCAAACCGCGCGAUUCGCAAGUGCUGCAUCGUGAUGUGCUCGCAAGCACCCCAUGUCGUCCUUCCUCUUCCCCGGAAAUCGUUCUCGAAGACGGCUCUUGGGAAGGUCUCGCGAUCGGCUCUGAUGACGGCUUACCUCGCUGGACAGCAUACCGCGCUGGAACAUCGCUUACUGCCGCUCUCUAACGGGUCGACUACCAAGGUUGGACCGCACGAGUAG